UGGGAGGUGGAGCCUUAAACUACACCCUGGAACUGGGCAAAGGUUAGAGAUGGUGGGUGCAGUUCCUACAGCUCGGCUCCAGCCACGAUGGGGUACCUAAUGAGCCCAUGGGGCCUCCUCAGUCCUUUCCUGACUCUCUACCUCCUCCGGCUGGGAUCAGCGGACUUCAGAGUGGUGGGGCCAAGCCGACCUCUCCUUGCCACCGUUGGGCAGGACGUUGUGCUGCCCUGUCACUUGUCUCCACGCAUGGAUGCUCAAAGCUUGGAGAUCAGGUGGAUCCGGCACCUGGUCUCUGAAACGGUGCACCUCUACCGAAACGGAGAGGACAAGUAUGGUGAGCAGAUGGAGGAAUAUGCUGGAAGGACAGAGUUGGCCAGAAAUGGUCUCUCCAGUGGGAGCCUGGACUUGCGAAUCUCUGAGUUGAGACUCUCUGAUGAUGGCCAGUACGUCUGCACUGUGCGAGAUGCUGACACUUAUGGAGAAGCUACAGUGGAGCUGGAGGUGGCAGCCUUGGGCUCUGUCCCUCUCCUCUCUCUGGAGGCGUAUGAGGAUGGAGGCAUCCGGGUGGUGUGUCGAUCGGCCGGCUGGUACCCGUCACCAGAGGUGCUGUGGAAGGGUGCCAACGGGCAGCAUCUCCCCUCGGUCUCCCAGACACGUUCCCCUGAUGAGAGGGGCCUCUUUGAGAUCCAAGAUGUCAUCGUUGUGAGCAGGAAGGGAAAUGGGAAUGUGUCUUGCGUGGUGAGGAACAGCCGCCUGGAACAGGAAUCGUCCCUGCACAUCUCAGCUCCCUUUUUCCACAAUGCCCGUCCCUGGAUGGCAGCUCUGGGUGUGCUCCUCCUGCUUUUAGUGAUCUGUUUUGGUGUCAUUGCUUAUCUCUUCCGAAGGAAAGGUGGGAGGGAGCACGGCCAGGACAGGACGGUCAAAGGGAUAUUUCAUGCCAGAGACAUACUGCUGGGGACAGAAAUGGAGGCUGCCAGGGGGCUGGGGCCUUCCAUCGCUGCUGGGAAUGGGAUUGGCAGUGAGUCCUCAGGUGCUGAGGGCAACUAG